UAUUCUCGUAUGCCAUCCAUGCCGUCUUUCUUUUUUCUUCUUCAUUUUCUCAUAAUCCUAUCCACCUUAACCUUCAAAUGUUCUUCAUCUUCUUCUUCCCCAUCAAACUCCUUAUCAAAAGGCUCAUCACUCUCAACCGAUCACAAAACCGAUCAUCUCAUCUCCCCAAACCACUUAUUCACAGCCGGAUUCAACAAAGUGGGCAUCAACGCUUACAUCUUUUCAAUAUGGUUCACCCAACCGCUAACCGUUGUUUGGAUGGCCAACCGCGAUGUUCCAGUUAACGGAAAACAUUCUAAACUAACGUUAUAUAAAGAUGGUAACCUUGUGUUAAAAGAUACUGAUGGGUCUGUUGUGUGGUCCACUGCGACCCAAACAACAAACGGGUCGCUAAUUCUGCAACUUGAAGACACUGGGAAUCUUGUUCUUUAUCAAGUUAAUGGACAUCCGUAUAUACUUUGGCAAAGUUUUGAUUAUCCUACGGAUACUCUUUUGCCUGAUCAAUUGUUUAGUAGAAACUCGCAACUGGUUUCAUCGAGGAGUAGGAUGAAUUUUUCGAGUGGUUACUUUAAGCUCUAUUUUGAGAAUAAUAAUGUUUUGAGUUUGCUUUAUAAUGGUCCGGAGAUUACAAGUGUUUAUUGGCCUGAACCGUAUUUGAAGACGUGGGAGGCUGGGAGAUCGACUUACAAUAAUAGUCGGGUUGCGAAGCUGAAUUCGAAUGGCGAGUUCAACUCGUCGGAUGAGUUCGGGUUUUUUGUUUCAGAUUUUGGCGUCAGAGGACGGCAACGGAUCAUGAAGGUUGAUUCUGAUGGCAAUAUUAGGGUAUAUAGUCUUAUUGACCAAAAAGGCGAAAAGAAAUGGGUGGUGCAGUGGCAAGCAUUUUCGACACCGUGCAAGAUCCACGGUGUCUGUGGACCGAAUAGUCUUUGUACUUACUCUCAACAAACUGGGAGGACAUGCACCUGUGUUCAUGGGUAUAAGAUGAAGAACCCUAAUGACUGGAGCCAUGGUUGUGAGCCACUUUUCAAACCUUGCCAACAAGGGAAAGAAGAAGAGCAAGAUUAUGUUGUGCUUCCUCAUGUGGAGUAUUAUGGUUAUGAUUUUAACUAUCUUGAAAACAGCACUCUUGAAGCCUGCAAACAAGUUUGCAUGAAUGAUUGCAAGUGCAAAGGGUUUCAAUUCAAGUUUGAUAAAUCAUACUACAAUUGCUACCUCAAGAAUCUUUUGUACAAUGGAUAUCAAUCCGGGUUCGAAAAUUCAAUGUAUAUCAAGCUACCGAAAAGGUUGUUGUCGUCGUUUCCUCAACGAUUUGCGAACGGAUCACGCUAUCAUUGUUCAGAACAUCUUAUCGAGGCGAUUUCGAGAUCUUAUAGUGAAAAAGAUGGAAAUGGGACGUUAAAAGUUUUGUUAUUGCUUGGUGGUGUGAUUGGGAUUAUUGAGAUUGUAGUGAUUACGUUUUUCUUGUAUACAACUAGCAAGGGUUUAACUUCAACUGCACAAAGUUACUUUCCAGUAGCCCCCGGGUUUAAACGGUUUGCGUACGCGGAGCUGAAAAAGGCGACGAAUAAUUUUCGCAAGGAGAUAGGGAGAGGUGGUGCUGGUGUGGUGUAUUUAGGCGAGUUAUCGGAUGAUAGAACCGCAGCGAUAAAGGUGCUCAAGGAGGCUAGUCACCAAGGGGAAUCUGAAUUUCAAGCAGAAAUAAGCAUAAUUGGUAGGCUUAACCACAUGAAUCUGAUAGAGACAUGGGGGUAUUGUAUCGAAGGGAAACACCGGCUAGUGGUUUACGAGUAUAUGGCGAAUGGAUCGCUUGCGAAAAGCUUGGAUUCAAAUACACUUGAUUGGGGAAAGAAGAUAGAAAUAGCAAUUGGGACAGCAAAAGGGUUGGCAUACUUACAUGAAGAGUGUUUGGAGUGGGUUUUGCAUUGUGAUGUAAAACCACAUAACAUUUUGUUGGAUAGUGAUAAUAACCCAAAAGUGGCGGAUUUCGGGCUGUCUAAGUUGUUUGAUCGAAGCUCGGGUGAGAAUUCAAGCUUUUCUAGGAUCCGUGGGACACGCGGUUACAUGGCUCCAGAAUGGGUGUUCAAUCUUCCUAUCACCUCAAAAGUUGAUGUCUAUAGUUACGGCGUGGUGGUACUAGAGAUGAUAACGGGCAAAAGCCCGUUACAAAUGCAACUGUUCAAUGUUGAUGGUAGCGGGAGAGACCAAACGUUGGUUGAGUGGGUUAGAGAGACGAUUCGUGUAUGGAACGAAAGCGAUAACCAAGAAUGGAUCAAGGAAAUUGUGGAUAGUACGACAUGUGGCGAAUACAAUGUGAAUGUUUUGACAAAUCUUGUGAAAAUUGCUUUACAAUGUACCGAGGAAGAUAGAGAUGCAAGACCUUCAAUGAGCCAAGUGGUAAAUAUGCUUCUUCAUACAGAAAAUUAGGAUGAUUAGUUAAGUUUUACUUACCUUAUGUAACAAGGUAUUCAUGAACAUGACGACUAUCAUAUAAUAUAUAAUAAUUGAUUUUUGUAAGAAACAUAAUUAGUUUGUACCCAGACAAAUAUAAAUUACAUGAUAUCCUAAAUGAUG